AUGCAAGGAGUUCGGGAAGGGUUGCACGUGGAUGAUUCGCAUCAGCCUUCGAGCGCGGAAGGGAACCUAGGAGGUUCGACGGUGUUGCAAGAAGCUACUGAAGGAACGUACGGGUUCAAGCCAACUUACAGGAAGACGUGGUUGGCAAAACAGAAGGCGGUAGCACAGAUAUACGGGGACUGGAAAGAGUCAUAUGCCGAGCUACCUCGUUGGAUACUUGGUGUGCAGUCUACCAUGGAGGGGACAGUAGCCUUGUUGAAAACGUCUCCGGUUCGAGUCAAUGAUGACAUGGAUGACUUAACCGUGUACUUUCAUCGUCUUUUCUGGACGUUUUCUCCUUAUGUUGAAGCUUUCCGACAUUGCAAACCAUUGGUCAGCAUAGAUGAGGCUGUGGCAGUAUCCCGCCUACGUUCGGAUGUGAGAGUUAAAGAUGGACUUCUCACUCAUAUUUCUCGCAACCAGAGGAAGGUGGUAGGGCACUUUCCCUCAGAAUAUUUGCCUCUGAAAGGAGAAGGUGGUAGGGCACUCAACCCUUGGAACUAUUCCUCCUGA